AUGCAGCUCUUUUCACGCUGAACCAUCACUGCCCCAGACUGUGAGCCCCUUCGUGGCCCAGAGCUGUGUUGUUUUUCUUCUCUAGCACUGGUGUCCAACACAUAUUCACAGUUUCAUGACCUUGUCCAGUAGAAGGCUACUUUAUUGUUACCAACUGCUCAAGCUUUGACAUCCAAGAUGAAACAAGAUGCUACAAGGAAUGCAGCCUACACCGUGGAUUGUGAAGAUUGUGUGCACGUGGUAGAAUUUAAUCCCUUUGACACUGGGGAUUCGGGAAACCUAAUUGCAUAUGGUGGUGAUAAUUACGUGGUCAUUGGCACAUGUACAUUUCAGGAGGAAGAAGCAGACAUUGAAGGCCUUCAGUAUAAAAUACUACAAACAAUUCAUCAUGGAAUCAGGGUUGGUGGCAUAGCUUGGAGCCCAGAGACUAGACUUGAUUCACUUCCUCCAGUAAUCAAAUUUUGUACUUCAGCUGCUGAUAUGAAAAUUAGAUUGUUUACAUCAGAUCUUCAAGAAAAAAAUGAAUACAAGAUUUUAGAAGGCCAUUCAGAUUUCAUUAAUGGUUUGGUGUUUGACCCCAAAGAAGGCCACGGAAUUGCAAGUGUGAGUGAUGAUCAUACCUGCAGGAUUUGGAACUUGGAUGGAGUACAGACAUCUCAUUUUGCUCUUAAUUCCCCUGGAAUGAGUGUGUGCUGGCAUCCUGAGGAAUCUUUUAAGCUGAUGGUUGCAGAGAAGAAUGGAACAAUCCGAUUUUAUGAUCUUAUGUCCCAACAGGCUAUUUUAUCUCUUGAAUCAGAACAGAUUCCAUUAAUGUCAGCACACUGGUGUUUAAAAAACACCUUCAAAGUUGGAGCUGUUGCAGGGAAUGAUUGGUUAAUUUGGGAUAUUACUCGAUCCAGUUACCCUCAAGUGAAGAGACCUGUCCACAUGGAUCGAGCCUGCAUAUUUAGGUGGUCCACAAUUAAUGAAAAUUUGUUUGCAACCACUGGUUAUCCCGGCAAAAUGGCAAGCCAGUUUCAAAUUCAUCAUUUAGGACAUCCUCAGCCCAUCCUCCUUGGUUCAGUAGUCGUUGGAUCUGGCCUCUCCUGGCAUAGAACUCUCCCACUAUGUGCAGUUGGAGGCGACCACAAGCUGUUGUUUUGGGUAACUGAAAUGUGAAAUCAAUUUUUGUCUAGCUUGGAUCCAUAAGUUUUGCAUUUUUGGAGGAUUCCUUAUUUUUAUAUUAAAUCUACUGUAAGCUCUA